AUGGUUGUAUCACAAGUGUGUUCUUCUAUGGACGCAAUUAGGGCAUUUCUUGAACAUUUUGUUGAUCCAAUGCUGCCAGAAAAACCUUUUAUUCAAGACGAUCCUCCUCUAUCUCAACAACAGAAAAUUGCAAACCAGGUUCAUUCUGUUGUGUUACUGUACAACUAUUACCACAGAAAGCAGAAUCCAGACCUAUCAUAUGUAGGAUUUAGGGAGUUUUGUAAGUUGAUUGUUGAUAUGAGACCGGCUUUGUUGCCAUAUAUGAAAUUCACGGCAAAGCCUAAUGAAACUGACCUCGUUGAUGUGGAGGAGCAGUUGUCGUUAACUGGAAAAGCGAUCACGAGUUCUUAUGAUAUAUGUACGAUUUUAAACCCGUCGAGAAGUGUUCCUAACGUAGAGGGAUGGCCAAUUUCAAAAGUUGCGGUACUUUUAGUUGAUAGUAAGGAGAACUGCUUCUUGCGUUUUUGUUCCACAACUGGUGGAGUGUGGUCGUUGAUUGAAAAAGAUGUGGAUACCUCCGGUCAAAUUUCUGAGGUUACAAGAGAUGUCAAAUCUACAUACCAAAAGAGAAGAGUCAUUAAGAAGCCCUUAAAAGAUGGAUUAAAUGAAGGUAGGAUUUUGGAAGUUGGAUAUUCGGCUGUUAAGGAAGCUGCGGGAACAGGUGUCAAUAGUAUUGAUAUAAUGCUUUUGAAAAGUUACAUUGUGUAUUCCCAGAAGCAAAGAGAAGACAGCUUCACGAUUUUAUAUAAUGAAGUGCUCAAAGUUGAUCAGUGA